CGAACACUACACAAUUCACACACCGAUUCUCAGCUCCUCUUCUCUUUUCAUCCCAUACCAUUUUUGAAAGUUGAGAUUUUUCUUUGAUGGGGUCCUUUAGUUUUGCAGUAUGUGUUAGCUUAAUGUUGCUGGUUAUGGUGGUUGCUAUUCCUUUUGAACCCAAAAAUGGCAGAAGGAUAGGGCGGCUGCACCGCUGGUGGGACCCCUUAAUACGAUCGCCGGUAGAUCGUGAUGAUGAGGUGGAAGACAGCAAUAGUGUUCGUUGGGCAGUUCUUGUUGCUGGUUCAAAUGGAUACGGAAAUUAUCGGCAUCAGGCAGAUGUAUGUCAUGCUUACCAGAUUUUGAAAAGAGGAGGAUUGAAAGAUGAGAACAUAGUUGUAUUCAUGUAUGAUGACAUUGCCAAAAGUGAGCUGAAUCCAAGGCCUGGAGUCAUAAUCAAUCAUCCAAAUGGCAGUGAUGUCUAUGCUGGUGUGCCAAAGGUAAUAUCUACAUGUUAUAACUAGUAGUUGUAUCUGUUGCGGAAGC